AUGACUGCAGAAACUCCAAUAGAAAACUAUGGCGCAACAACACCAUCUUCUACAGCGGGGUCCGAUAACGAUAGUGUAGUCGACCCAAAGCUCGUCAACGGACGCGAAUCAUGGAAUUACCCGCCCAAAAAUGUCCUCAAAACAGUCGCCAUGUUCUGGGGCAUGAUUUCCUUUGGCAUGAAUGAUGCUUCUGUUGGAGUUCUUGUUAAGAGUCUUGAACAACAUUAUCAAAUCUCAUACACAUCAGUCUCUUACAUUUUCCUACUGGGAUUUACAGGAUACCUCAUUUCAGCAUUUGUCUGCGAAAUCUUUCACCGUCAUGUGGGUCGCUGGGGUACUCUAACCCUAGGUGGUUUCUUCCAGCUUGUGUGUUUUAUACUAGCAUACACAAUGCCCCCAUUCCCAAUAUUUGUCAUUGGAUACUUUAUUUCAGGCUUUGGUAAUGGAUUAAUUGAAGCCUCAUCCAACGCAUGGGCUGGUAAUCUCAAUAAUAACAAUGAAAUGCUGGGUUUAUUACACGGAUUUUACGGGCUUGGAGGCAUUAUUUCGCCCUUUGUCACAACCACUCUUUUGGUCUGGGGAUACCAGUGGAACACAGUUUACUUUUUCCUUGCAGUCAUGACCUCCUUGUCAACUAUUCUUAUUUUCUACGCCUAUAGCGACGAAACGGCUGAACAUUACAAACAAAUCAUUGAGCGUUCAAUCAAGGAACAACAACAGCAUCCUGAGGAAACUUCACCAUUGUUACCAGGAAUUGUCGAUAAUGAGCUUGAUCCCGAGCAUCACCACCAUGAUCCUAAUAACGUACUGAUGGAGAUUGAUCCUGCCAUGGCAAUUGAAAAGUCAACUCACGGACAAGUGUCUGCAUUCCGCGAAACUCUGCAGUCCAAGCUUGCACUGUUAUUGUCAUUCUCACUAUUCAUGGCAGUAGGUGCGGAAAUCACCUUUUCAGGAUGGAUCCCUAUUUAUAUGAUUGACGUACGUCAUGGAGAUGAAAAGCAGAUGGGUUAUGUGGGGACUGCAUACUGGGCAGGCAUGACAUUGGGUCGUAUGGGACUUGGGUUUGUGACGAGCCGUUCAGCAUGGAGUGAGGAGCUGUGGAAUCUAGUUUAUAUUUUGUGCACACUUGCGUCGAUUGCUGGGUUUUGGUUUGUGCCGAGCAUUGCAGUUAGCAGUGUGUGUGCUGUUCUCAUUGGGUUUUUCAAUGCACCUUUGUAUCCAACUUCGAUGGUUGUAUUUAUUAAGAAGUUCCCUGAGCAUUUGCACGUUGUUGGUGUAGGGUUGCUUGCUGCGUGUGGAGGAGUUGGUGGUGCUUUGGGUCCAUUUUUGAAUGGUGUAUUGACUACCCAGUAUGGUGCAUUUGUGCUUGCACCAUUUACCUUUUCAUUAUUGGUGGCGAUGCUUAUUUCAUGGAUUAUAUUGAUGAAGAAGUUUUAA